AGCAGCUACCUCCUCCUCAUUACAGAUCAUUGGAAUAUUUGAUGAGGCACUUGAGUAAAGUUGCAGCUCAUGGUUUUCAGACUGGAAUGACCCCCAAAAAUGUUGCUAUUGUGUGGGCUCCUAAUUUAUUAAGAUCAAGGGAUAUAGAGAAUGGUGGUGUUGGAGCUUUGCAUGUUGUUACAAGCAGUACUGACAGAAUACCUCAUUAGAUAUACAGACAUCAUAUUCAGUGAAAAAAUGCCUAUUUUUCCUAGUCCUGUUCUUGGUGAAGAAACACCAAAAAAGACAAGACCUAAAUCUCUGGCAAUUUCAACCCCUACAAAGCUGUUAUCACUGGAAGAAGCUCGAUCAAGGGCAUUAACUUCUAACUUACCUGGAGAGCAACAGAAGUUUAUUGAUGUUGGUGGUGGUGAAGAAAAUUUGCCCAUAAAGUAUCAUACUGUGAUAGAACUUCCAGUGAGGCGAAGAUCAAUGGGCAAGGGCAAAAAAUCCCCUUCAGGCUGGCGGUCAUUUUUUUCAAGAGGUUGGCAUACCACUAGUGGGCGUCGAAAAAGUCGACGCUCCAGGACUGAGGGGCAGUCUGAAAGGCCGAAGAUUGGUAGUCCUAUCUUUUCAGAACAUUCACCUCUAAUCUUGCAGGAUAAGGCUGUUACAGAAUCUGAUGUUUUUCACACUGAUGCCAAAAAACUGAGGAGCGUUAAAAGUGCUGAGUCUCUAUUUCCUAUAUCUUCCAAUUUAUCCGAACAGAUAACUGACUAUGAGUUCACCCCUGUAGAUGAAAUUACUACAUCUCCUCCAGAAUCUGUUGAUUUCGAUAUAGCAAAAGAAAUAACUCCAUCAUCUUUUGCAAAAUCAACUUAUCAGAAACAUAUGCGCUCAACUUCUCAUGAUUCUUACUUUGAAAGACUUAUAGACUUCCAAAUGGAUGAUGAAUUAGAUUUGGAUGAAGAUUCAUUGCUUGAGAUGAAGCCAUUACAGAAACCUACUUCAGCUGUAAACCAGAUUCGGAGUUCAGCUGCGGAAGAAGACAUCUGCCAUGCUCAAAGUGCGAAAGAUUCAUUAGGAAGAAAUAAAACUGCGCACAAACAAAAACUUGUAAGCUUUGAUUCAGAAGCUUCGAGCCCCAAACUGCAAAAAUUGUCUUUGAAGCGUCUUUAUCACACCUUAAGUUCGCCACCGAUGGUGAAGAAAAAAGACUUUUCUAAAAAGGAAAAGAAUAAUGAGAACUCCGAAAAGCAGCCUUUAGUACAAAGUGAAUUAAUGAUAGUUGAUGACAAUUUAGCUUUGGAAAAAUGUAGAGCAUUGAAGCAAGGUGAUUCUAAGGUAGAAUUUCAGAAGAAUGAGGAGUCAGAUAUUGCUGAACAAACCUCUUUUUCUGAGCAAACUACAGUGCCUUUAAGAGAGUCUUUAACAUGUGUAUCUAAAUUGGAACAGGAAACGGAAUUAAGUGCAUUAUAUAAAAAAGAUUCAGUACCUGUAGAAAUUCAUAGAGAAUAUCAAGACUUGGAUAUGUCACAUGUAAAUGAAGAAGAAAAUUUUGAAAAACUAGAUCAACAAUCAAUGACAGUGUCAGAGUUUCAAAAUGCAAGCAUUCACGAUGAUGCUGAUGAUAAUGCAAUUAGUUUCUCAGUAGAAGCAACUAGAUCUGAUUCUGUUAGCCUCUCUCUUCUUUCAUUUGAUAAUGAUCAAGUCUUGUCGGUAGGUAAUUCGGCUAGUAAAGAUAAACAACUCGAACAUAGUGUAGGUCUUCAAAAUGGCUCUGUUACUCCCGAGUCUCCAACAGGUGACAAUGUUAGUGAAAUUCCUAGUAGUGCUGAUUCUGAAGCUGGUGAUAGUGCUAGUGAAUUAGGAAAAGAAGUAGCAAUUGGAUCAGUUGUGAAUGAAAUACAAAACAAUCACUUAUUUAAUAAUGCAAGCUGUUUAUGUGAAAGUGAUGAAAAGGAUGAUAAAAUAACAAAACAGGAUGAAAAUGCUGAAGAAAAAUUAGCCAACGAAACAGAACUGCUACAAAUAACAAAUAAUGUAAAUAUAACUUAUAAGCAGAAAGAAGGAACAGCGGCUAUAUUUUCUCCAGUGCCAUCAGAGAUUGGUAUCAGUCAGGACACCGAUAGGCAUUUAGCUCUUGACAGCAACUUCGUUGAAAAUAUAAUUUUAUCACCUCCUGAAAACUUUGUUGAUAAGAGUCCCACAGCAACAGUACAGAAACAAAAUGGUAACCUAGCGAGUAAAUUAGUUAAUGACAUAAAGACUUCAGCUAAGUCUCCAGGGCCAAGAUCGCUUGAAAGAAGUAUGACUGAAGUUCAUGAGAUUUGCCCAAAAUUUGUUUCUGGUAUUGCUGUAUCUGGGAGCUUAGGUCAUGAACUUUUUCGAGCGAACAGUGAAUUUGUGGAUUCGAGUUUACAAAAAAAGCGGAGUUGUAGCGACAAGUUAUCUCCUAUAUCACCCAUUGAAGAAUCCAGGAGGAAAUUUGAGUCUGAAAUAGGUCGACUGAUUGUUCGAGAUAGGCAAAUGAAACUUGAAAUGGAGCAGAUCAAAGCUGAGAGACAGAGGUAUAAAACAGAAAAAUCCUUUCCUGAAGUAGAUAAAAGUAGAUUAAAAAGUGAAAAGAAAUUUGUUGAUGCUUUAGAUUUUCGUAAAUCUCCAGUUAAAUCCUUUGAUAGUGAUAGAAAGAAGAUGGAUCAGGAUGACGUCUUGAAAAGCUUGCGAGAGACUGCUGAUGAUAAGAAAACAUCAGAGAUGGCAUUCACUCAUGGAUAUUCACGUUACAUAAGGAUGGAAAAUAAGCCUUCUGUUAAAGAAUUAUUGUCAAAAUUUGAAAGUCAUAAAAAACAAAGUGAUAUGUGUGAAAGAACUGACAGUGUAGCUUCACCUAAGCAAUCUCAAAGUGUCUUUUCUAAUGUUCAAGUGAUAAAUCAUAAUAUUCCUCUAACAUCUUCUAAAAGUUUGUCUUCAAAUUUUGCUGAUUCUAAUCAAAGUUGCAAAGACAAUCAGAUCUCACACACGAAGGAGCAUAUUUUUCAGACUGAAUGUGUAGUUAGAUUUCCUCAUCCUAAAGCUUCAUUCCUAACACAAGACUGGAAUAAAAAUGGGUCCAUUAAUAGUGAUACAUAUGAUUCUUUUGGGAGUAGGAGCUGGACUAGUGGACAGUGUGAUCAUCGUACAAAAGUGAAUAACUCCAGGACUGCAUUUUUGUCAUCAGAUAAUUUGAUGACAUCCUCUGUACAAUCCAACUCGUAUGGUAGUUUCAGUACUUCUCCAUUUGAAGGAUCAUCACCUCAAUCUCUGACAACAGAGCAGAAUAACAAAUCAAAGAGUGUAGAAUCUAAUUGGCUAUCUGAGCAGCUGUAUAGUGAAAAAUCUCAUCAGGCAGAUCCUACAGGUGGCAGUAAAAUGCAUCAAAAAUAUUCUGAAAGUGAUGAAAAUUCAUUUUUUAGCUUCCAACAAACUUAUACCAGACCGGGUAGUAUAACUUCAAAGAUGAGAACUGAAUUCUUGCAGCAAGGAAUUUCUCAACCUCUUUGUGAAAAUGGGAGAUCUGUGCUUGCACCAGAAAAAUUCAAUGCCUGUGAUGGAAGUCAUUACUCAAGGUCUUCAUUUGAGAGUAGAAAAAAAAAUUCUACAUCAAGACAAAGACCAAAAUCAGUGCCACCACCAGUCUGCAGGUUAUCAUUUGUGUCUUCAACUCCCUAUCCUCCUGCACAGCUUACUCAGACUAUAUCUGUUUCUAAACAAGCUGAAACUUCCCCUAAUAAUGUGCCAAAGACAUCAAGUGUGAACUUAAGUAAUGGUCAAGAGUCAUCUGAUACUAGUCAAACCUGUGGUCCCUCCAAACGCAUACGAGAUAGGGCAGCCAUUUUUGAACGAUCCUUGAGCUUCAGUGGUUAUGCGGAUAAAAAACCAUACUCAUCAUCCAAACACUCGCAAAAAGCUCAAGCAAAUUCAUAUGCAAGGUGAAUAUUUCUAAUAUGCCAAAGUGUUGCUACUUAAUAUAACUAAAAACUAUUUUUAUUUUCCACUUUUAAAGAUAAUAAAGUGUAUCAUCACUUAUCUAUGUUAAAAUUUAGCUGUUAUACAUGUUUCUGUGCUCAUUAAUGUUCUCUGUUUAUGUGAUGAGUAUAGUCUUUGAAAUAUAGGAUACUCGGUAACUGCUCACUGAAAUUAUUCUUUAAGCCUAUCUUGCUUAGAUGAAGUUUGGACCCUUGUAGAUUAUAGCUCUAUGUAUAUAUUGUAGUUAUUGAUUUAAAAAUAUCUUUUUAGAUAUGUGAAAAUCUUUAAAGCCAUUAAAAUGUAAAUGUUUUACUUAUAAUUGCCUUUUAAAAAAUUUAUUAAUAUUCACUCCUUAUAUACUUGGAAUAAAAACACUAUAUUUAAAUGAAAAGUACAAUUUUUUUUUCACACAUAAUUUAUUUUUUUAGAUAAAUCUAAAUUUGAAUGAAUUUGUUAAAUAAAUUUUUGCAUUAUUUUUAUUCAUUGUUCUUAAAAAUAAACAGUUCUUCAGUUUGAAGAAAUUCUAACGUAUCGUUGGGACCAUUUAAUUUUUCCAGUUUAUAAAUAUUUGAUAGAAGGUGUUUCUAAUAUUAACCUUAUCUAGCUAUUCAAAUUAAUUGCAGUUUUUGAUACUUCUUUCUCAUAAAUUAUGUUUUCAUGUUUGUAAAUGGAUAAAAUAGACUUCUAAGAAAAGUUUUAAAUUUUUCUGUGUUUUCCAUUGAUUUUACUUUGUUGAUACGAAUUUGUAAAAUCUAUUAAAUUAUCCACAUUUAAAUUAGGUUAUUUAUUUGUUUUAUAAUAUUUACCUAUUUUAAAAAUUUUACUCAUGUAAGAUUCAAAAAAAUUAAAAGGAAAAAAUGGAAAAUUUUUUGUUCCUUUUUUAACAUAAUUUGCAACUUAGGUAGGAGAACUUUGUUGUAUCUAAAUAUGUUAUUUCUUCUCUAGUUAAAGAAAUUCCUUUUGAAAUACCACCAGAGGAUAACUAAUAACAGGGAGAUUAAAAAUAUCUCUUGCAAAAUGGGCAUCCUGCAAUCUUCAUUUUUAAAAUAACUUUUUUUUUUUUUUUUUAAAUGACUGUGGGGAGAAACCUAAUUUUUUUUGCACAAAAUCAUUCUUUUAUUUUUAUCUACACUUAUAUGACUUUAAGGGCUUCCAAGAGCUAUAUUUCUUGCAUAGUAUUUCUAGUUAUGGAUGCUGAUGAAAUGGCAAAUAGUAUCUAUAAAAUUUCCCACUCUAGGCUUUAAAAUAUAGCUUAUAGAUUUUUUUUACAUAUAGCAUAACUGAAAUCUGCUAUAACCUCAGAUCUUCUUUCUUUAAAACGUGAAAAUUAAUUUCUGUACAAUGCUGUUGUAGGUAUUCUGCUACUGUUUGAAAAUUUUACAAAUUAAGCUAAAUAUGUGCAAAUUUUAGAAGCUUUAAUGUAUGCUAAGUCACUAGAGUUCGACAAUAAGCAAUUCAAAUCGGUGUUCAAAUGCUUGAAAUUGACUUACUGUCUUUCCUGCAUUUUGCAUGUAGAAUUAAUAUUAUAGCAUAUUAUUUUGGAUAGUGUUAAGGGAAAAAUACAUAAAUAAAUAUAAUUUAAUAUUUUUAUAGAGCUGAAUAUGCACAAGGCAUUUUUUUACUUGUAUUAUUCUGUAUUACAAUAUAUGUUUAAUAACAUGUAAUAUAUAAAUCUUAACACUACUACUGUGUAACAUUUUAGAAUUCUUAAUUAACCUUUUAGAGAACAUAAUUUAAACUAGCUUAAUUAAUAACUUUUUAUGUCUAAUCACAUAAUAAAAUAUCAUUGUGCUAAUUUUUAAUUAUGUAUUCAAUAAAAUACAUUGUA